AUGGCGCCAUACACUGUCCCAUUCAUUGUCAACGGCGAGGAGCUCAUUGGCAAAGAGACCUUCGAAGUCAAGUCACCCGCCUCUGGCCAGGUUGUGCAUCUAUGUGGUGUAGCGACCGUAUCAGAUGCCGAUGCAGCCGUUGAUGCCGCCGCCGCCGCUGCCAGCGCCUGGCGAGAUACGACGACCAGUUCGCGUAGAGACAUUCUUCUCAAGGCUGCCGAGCUUAUGACAGAACGGCGGUCGGAGCUAUCCCAGUACCUGGUAGACGAGAUUGGCCAGCCCCAGGGCUGGGCUACUUUUAACCUAGAUGUUGGCAUCGACUUGAUCAAGGAUGCCGCCGGCCGCAUAGGAGCAUCGGUUGAAGGCUCUGUGCCCAGGCCUUCGGACCCAAGUAUGGGCGCCAUGGUAUGGCGUGAGCCGUACGGCGUCGUGUUGGCGAUUGCCCCGUGGAAUGCCCCUUAUAUCCUGGGUGUUCGCUCGGUCCUAUAUCCCAUUGCCGCUGGGUGCACCGUGGUAUUGAAAGGAUCUGAAGUCUCGCCCAGAGUCAUGCAUGCCAUUGCUUCUAUCUUUAACGACGCCGGUCUGCCGAAGGGUGUGCUUAACUUGAUAUCAACCAACAGAGCUAAUGCCCCCGCUGUGACUGAGGCACUCAUCGCCCACCCAUCCGUCAAGAAGAUUAAUUUCACCGGGAGUACGGGCGUUGGAAGAAUAGUGGGCAAGUUAGCCGGCCAGUAUCUCAAGCCUAUCGUAUUAGAACUUGGCGGCAAGGCUCCGGCCAUCGUCUGGGAGGACGCCAACUUAGACCUCGCUGCGGAUGAAUGUUCGUUAGGGGCUUUUCUGAAUUCGGGCCAGAUCUGUAUGAGCACCGAACGGAUUAUUGUCCACAAGAAAAUUAGCGAGGCGUUUCAAAGCAAGCUUAGAGAAACAGUUUCAAAGAAGUGGUCUGGAGCCCAGGUCCACAUUAACGCACAAGCAGUCGAGAAGAAUAGGAGGCUGGCACAAGAUGCAGCCAACAAGGGUGCAUCCAUUCUGAACGGGGAGAUCAACGCCGAAGAGUCAUUAAAUACACACUUGAAGCCUGUUGUCAUCGCUGGAGUUACUCCUAACAUGGACAUAUAUAAGGAAGAGUCAUUCGGCGCAACGGUGAGCUUGCUGGAGAUUGAGAGUGAGGAGGAAGCGCUGCGCAUCGCCAACGAUACCGAGUAUGGGCUCUCAUCGGCUGUAUUUACCGAGGACUUGAGAACUGGACUCCGAUUCGCCAAGAACAUAGAAACGGGAGCAGUCCAUAUCAAUAGCAUGUCGGUUCACGACGAAGCAGCCUUACCCCACGGGGGAGCGAAGGCUAGUGGUUACGGAAGAUUCAACGCGUCAGUCGGGCUCGAAGAGUAUUUGAGGACAAAGGUAGUCACUUGGAAGGGCUAA